AUGGUCCGCCUCCUCGCCCUCGCCCUCGCUCUCCUCAGCAGCACCGGCGUCGUCCGCGCCGCCUGGGCACCCUCGGCCGACACCAAGGCCGUCUGCGACGCUCUCCUCGCGCAGUACCCGGGUAAGCUCGCCUGGGAUCCCCUCGGGCCCUACGGCGUCCACACGCUCGCCCGCGCCGGCGCCUACAACUCCGCCAACCUCGACUACUGGAACGCCGCGAGCAGCCUGAACCGCGCCGCCUGCGCCUUCUUCCCGUCGACGACGGACGAGGUCGCCUUCGCCGUGCAGACGCUCAACAAGUACGAGUCGGUGCGCUUCGCGCUCAAGGCCGGCGGGCACAACCCGAACCUCGGCUUCUCCAGCGUCGGCGGCGGCGUCCUGAUCGCGUUUCGGCCAAACUUCCAGACGGCGGCGCCGUCCGAGGAUGGCGAGGCGGUGGUGAUUGGCGCGGGGUGCAAGUGGGAGGACGUGUAUAGCGUCUUGCAGCCACUUGGAAAGACGGUCACCGGCGGCCGUCUGGGUGAUGUUGGCACGACUGGUCUCAUCCUCGGCGGCGGUCUGUCCUACCUCUCUGCCCAGCAUGGCUUUGCCUGCGACAAUGUCCUCAACUUCGAGACCGUCCUCGCCAACGGCACCGUCGCGCACGCCAACGCCACGUCGAACCCGGACCUGUUCUUCGCCCUCUGCGGCGGCGGCAACCGCUACGCCGUCGCCACCAAGAUCACCAUGCAAGCCUUCGACUCCGGCGUCGGCGGGCAGAUCUGGGGCGGCGUGCGCACCUACACCGAGGACAAGCACGCCGCCGUUCUUGAGGCCGUGUCGCGCUUCACCUCCGAGAACACCGACCCCAAGGCCGCCAUCAUCCCGACCUUUAACUUUGCCGGCGCCGCUGCCGUGCUCAACGUGCCCUUUAUCCUCGUCACCUUCUUCUACGACGAUGUUGAGGUGCCGGCGGGCGUGUUUGAUGCCUUUGACGCCAUCCCGACGCUCAGCGACAACACCGACGUGCGGCCCUUCACGGAGCUCACCGAGGAGAUCCUCGGGGGGGACAUGAAGGGCCUGCGCUUCCGCAUCGGCGUCAACGCGUUCCCCGCGAUGCCGGUGGAAAACAUGACCGAUUUUCUGGUGGAUCACUUCGCGCUGAUGAAGAGGCGCGCGGCGGCGGCGGCGCUGCUGGAGCCGCUCGACUUCAAGAUCUGCUCAUUCGCGGUGCAGCCGAUGCCGGCGCUGCUGGCGCGCGCGUCGCGGGACCGCAGCGGAGGUGCGGGCAACGCGCUGGGGGUCGACCCGGACCAUGGCGACCGCGUAUGGGUCGAGUACGACCUGGCGUGGGCGAACCCGCUGUGCGACGAGCUGUGCACGUCGUGGAUCAAGAGCAUCGUGAAGGAGGCGCACGACCUGCACGCGCAAAAGUACGCGGGCAUCUACCCGACCAACUACAAGAGCGGCGACUUGGAGACUCUGAGCUACAACCCUAUCUUCAUGAAUGACGCGUUGGACUCGCAGCCCGUGCUGGAGAGUUACGGUGCGCAGAACCGUGCGCGGCUGAUGGCGAUCCAGUCGGCGUACGAUCCUAACGGUUUCCUGAUGACCCGACAGAACGGGCCUGCCUUUUAG